AUGUCGGCCGACGACAUCUCUCCCGGAAAAUCGCGCCGACUUUUCGUGACAGACGACUCGUCAAAAAUCAGGUUCCUCAUUGACACAGGUGCGGAUCUAUGUGUGUUUCCGCGAAUACAACUCCCUCAACAACGCGCAAAGUCGAGUUAUGAACUUUUCGCGGCCAAUGGAACCGUCAUCCCCACUUACGGAACGCAAAUUUUGAACCUUAGUUUAGGUUUGCGCCGUCAGUUCACGUGGAGAUUCGUCAUCGCCGACGUGGAGAAGCCUAUCAUCGGUGCAGACUUCCUGGCUCACUAUGGACUCCUGGUGGACCUUCAGAAGCAACGGCUCCUGGACCAAGCAACUCAUCUUACCUCCCAGGGUGAAGUAGUUGAGUGUACAGUCCCCUGUGUCAAAACCAUCACCGGGACAUCACGAUAUCACGAGCUCCUUCAACGAUAUCCUGAGAUAACACGUCCAGAUGGAGCUGCAAGAACGGUUCAGCACUCUACGAGACAUCACAUCCUGACAACGCCCGGACCACCAGUCGCGCAAAAACCACGACGACUUGCACCUGACAAAUUAAAGAUCGCAAAAACUGAUUUUGCAACGCUUGUCAAGCUGGGGAUCGCUCAACCAUCCAAGGCCUCCUGGUCAUCACCGCUGCACAUGGUCCCGAAGAAGGGGGACGAAUGA